AUGGUUGCGUUUUAUGUUCUGUGCGUGAGACAGAUCGGUUGUCAUGACGACCACGCGGGGGACGCGACUGGCGGGAAAAAAGGACUUAUGACGCCGCCAAGGAAACAAAAUGGCGGCUCCGUUACCCGCGGAAAGUUGACAUUGGCGCUGAUACAGAUUAUAAGCUUUUAUUGUUCCGAGGACGCGUCGUGCGUCGUGCGAGCGAGAGGCAGCAUGGGGUGA